AUGGCAACAACUAAACCCAAACCCCGCAAGCAUAAGCCGCGUGCCAGAAAAAGAAAACGGUGUGUGCGCACUCGUGAUGGUCAUUCACGUCCAGGAGAUGGAGGUAGCCCGGCCCAACCGCUCGCCGAAGUACCCAACGAGACGAAGAAGCGUCGCAAACCCAAAAGAGCAUGGGUGGAACUCAUUCCAGUUUCCAAUGAUCCACUUGAAAAGAACAUUGUCGAAUAUGUACCUAUGCCAGAUGACUACGUGCUAGUUCCCAAGGGUGAUGUCUAUGUCACUCGACACUGUCGCAGCAAGACCAAAGAGUCCGAGCGGACUGUCUAUGUUGUCUAUAACCGCGCGGGCAAAAGGACUCUAGGGAUUCGCGUGCCCACAGACAUCCACAAAGAGGUUCUUGAAUCAGCUGCCGCAACAAAGGAAUCACGCGCAAACGCAGUACAAGUCCGGGAUGCUAGGGAUCUCUCUAAAUCUCGAGAUCUCCUCAAAAAGGAGUUCCCACUCAUGCCCAAGGAGACCCUCAAAACCGUCCUGGGGCAUGCGUUCCUCAAGGGAUCGGGGCGUGUAGGGCGCACGGCGAUGAUCAGUGAUGAGCAGAAAACGCUUUUGGCUGUAGAGGCGCAUAUUCGGCAUGUCCACACACCCUACGAAAAGUUACUUGAGGACGGUGUGAGUCGAAAGGAUGCUCGUGAGCAGGUCUGGUCUACCAUCCAAGCGGUUGAGCGGGCUUGGCAAGGAUGCGAGAAAGUUGAGACUAAACUGGCGUUGCGUCCGGCGAAAGAUUAA